AUGUGGUCGACGUUGUGUUGUAUAGUUGUCGCCGCGUUUCUGGCGACAGCGGUAGCUCAGAAUACAGAAAGCAGCGGUGAGUUUUCACCAGCGGUGAAGGCAACAUGCAAGACCGGAGUCAUGUCAAUCAAUAUCGAAUUCAACCAACCGUUUAAUGGGAUUGCCCACGCCCGAGAAUUCAGGACGCCGGCGUGCAUGGCAAUGGGUAACGGUAGCGAGUCUCUGAACUUUGACAUAAGUCUUAUGGCCACGCCCGGCUCACCGGACUAUUGCGGUGUCUUCUGGAACAACCGUACAGAUGAACGAUCGCUGCCUUUGGCUGUUCGUGUGCACCGAACACUGGAGUUGGCGGAUGACAAAUUCUACGUCAUCACAUGCGGAAAGACGGGCUUCAAAAAUUCCAGAAAUGAGACUUCGACAGUAUCGCUUCGGAUGUUGGACGAUAACGGGCGCAAGGUGUUCAACGCCGCCUUCGGAUUGCAUUAUACACUCCGAGCGGAAAUAAGCAAAUCAGAUGGGCUGCACGGCAUCAGAAUGAAAAAUUGCUUCGCAUUUAACAUGCGGAACAACACUGUAGAGCUUUUAGACCAAAUGGGGUGUCCGAUAAAACAAAGUUCGGUAGCGGUCAAAAAUGAAAAUGGUGUGGCGGAAUUGUCAAUUGCCUCGAUGUUCCGCUUUCCCGACUCGUCACAAGUCAACUUCCAGUGUGAUAUCGGUGUCUGCAAAGGCAGUUGCGCUGUGGUCGAUUGUACAAGCGACGGCAGUUCCGAAGCCGGUGAUGAAGAGGGCAGCUUCACAGCCUCCACCAGCGUGUUCGUCCUCGAUCCUAACGAUAGCAACGUGGCCGCUCUUGCGUGUGCUGAGGGCAACGUGCGUCCCUUGUGGCUACUUUACCUCGCCAUCGCACUCGGUGUCAUGUUCCUAGUGAUGCUCCUCAUCAAUUGCUUCCUCUGUACCGCUAUGACGUGUUCGUGUGCUCGGACUGAUGUGAUCGAGAAAGACCCAUCCGUUGUAGAAGAUUACGAUCCCUAUCGUAGCUGGCACGGAAGCCAAUAUGGUAGCCGCUACCCAUCUUCUACCAUCCAUUCGGCAAGGUCUGUAUCAGACAACAGCGACCAUUACGCUAUAGUUCAAUCAAGACCGGGCAGCAGGCACUCUGGCAUGCACAGAAAUAGACAU